AUGCAGCGCGCUCGCCGUAAGCGCCGUUCAACGCAGCCCUCUUCUCCCAAGCGAGUGGCCGGGAGCAGGCAACCCCUGGCGGACGUGACGGGCGACGUCGAACACCUGCGUAACCGCGAGGCACAGCGUGGUGCAGACGCUCGGGGGCGCCUCUCACAGGCGCGUGCGACCCAAGUCAAGAAGGCUCGCCUUCUUACGUCCACGAAGGCGGUUAACGCGACGUUAGAAGCAAAUAUUAGUCCUGGAAAACCUGUCGACGCGAUAACGGCAGGAGACGGUCUGAGGCAGUUGACGUCGGGCGCACCAGAGCCUUCUGGAAACGACAGCGACAAAAGCGUCGAAAUCAUUUCUUUGAGCACGCCAACGAGCACCGAAGAAGAGCUUGUUACGUUUGAGCGUCGCUUUCGAAAAAAUAUCGGGAGCUCCGUUUUCGAGCCCAACGCCGAGGUACCCGAGUCAAACCUGAGGUCGAGCACUACAGAGCGGCUGGAGCCGAAGCGCUUAUCCGCGUCGUCGACGACUGGAGCGCCGUCUGUACAGGCGCGCAAGUCGCGGGCGCGUCGGCUGCGCAGCGCGAAAGCGUCACCAAUCAAUGAGCGCUCUUCGGACAAGUUGACACCGUCGGCAGUGACGACAGGAAAUGAGGCGUCGAACCUGCUCCAGGAGCAGACGCGCGUGUCUCAUGCGACGGUGCACGCACGGGUGCGCCACCCGCCCGGACGCAGUCCGGCCUUGAAACGUGAACUCGUGCUCGAACAGGCUGGGUUCUGGGAUCAAGUUGAUCAAGAAGAGUUGCUGAUUGAGGAUGUAACCUCGUCGGUAACCAGUGCUGAAUGCGGUAUGAACACCUGCUGCGAUCCGCUGUGA